AUGGCACGCCGUGCCUCAAGACCAUCUACAUUUCCAAAGAGAACGUAUCUCUUCAAUCGCAGCGUCAGGAGCGCACCUUUGCGCAUCAAACGUGCUUCUGCGCAGACGCUUCAUCUCGAGAAUGGCUGGAACGUGCUUGAUGCAUCUGGUGGUGCUGCUGUGACGGGCAUUGGACAUUUGAAUGCACGCGUCGAGCAGGCUAUGAUCAAGACUAUACAGAGUGGUCUUUCUUAUGUGUCUUCUAUGAUGUUUGACACAGAUGUCACGGAGAACUUCGCCCGAUUUCUGGUUACCUCGACAGACGGCAAAAUGAGCAAAGCAGUCUUCUACUCUUCCGGGACUGAGGCCAACGAGGCAGCAUACAAGCUUGCCUUGCAGUAUCACGCUACGGAGAAAGCAAACACAGAGCCAACUCGUACAAUUUUCAUUGCUCGAGAUCGUUCAUAUCACGGAACCACACUAGGUGCCCUCGACAUGGGCGGACACAAAGCACGACGAGAGCUAUGGGAACGCGUUCUACCACACAAUACACACCACAUCUCACCCUGCUAUUCCUAUCGAAAUCUCCAAGCUACCGAGUCGAAAGCCGAGUACGUGACACGCCUCAAGAACGAGCUGGAAGAAAAGAUCAAAGAGCUUGGCCCUCAAAACGUGGCUGCAUUCAUAUGUGAGCCGGUAGUCGGCGCUGCUCUGGGCUGCGUUCCCGCCGAAGCCGGCUAUCUCGCAGCAAUGAGGGACGUCUGCGAUCGAUACGGGGUCCUCCUUAUUUUCGACGAAGUCAUGUGCGGUAUGGGCCGUACUGGCUACCUCCACGCGUGGCAGAAGGACGGUGUCGCACCAGACAUUCAGACUGUGGGUAAAGGCCUUGCGGGCGGCUUCCAACAGCUCUCCGCAACACUGGUCAGCCCCAAAGUCAACGACGCCUUUGAACUCGGGCCUGGCUCUGGUGCUUUCAGUCACGGCCACACGUUCCAGAACUACCCUCUCGCUUGCGCCGCAGGUCUCGAAGUCCAGAAGAUCAUCCAGGAAGAGAACAUGCUGCAAAACGUCAAGACCAAGGGCAACAGAUUGUUCAAACUGUUCAAGAAGCGUCUUGGAGAGCACCCAAAUGUUGGCGACAUCCGCGGCGCAGGACUCUUCUGGGGUAUCGAAUUUGUCAAAGACAAGCAGACCAAGGAGCCGUUCCCAGCCGACAUGAAGCUAAACUUCAAGAUCUACGAGAAAGGUCUCGCUCCUCCGUACGAGGUCCACGUCUACCCCGGAGGCGGCACUGUCGACGGCAUCAACGGCGACCACAUCAUCAUCUCCCCCUCGUACAACAUCACCGAUGCCGAGAUAGAUGCCGUUGUUGACCGCGUCGGGCGACUCGUGGAGGACUUCUUCCACACCCUCGACGUGCCAUCUGUCCCUUCUACGCCCUAG